AAAUCCUGAUAUCCUGGUCACCACCCGCGCACCAAAAACCCAUCUGCCCCACUCCAGCAAAUAAAUAACGACAGAUCAUUACCCCGCAAACCAUAAUCAUCACUCCACCGGCUAAUUUUCAAAAUCCCUCGCGAGAGCGCCAGCCCACACCUCACAACCUCCACCCAUAAAAAAACAUGGGACUAAAUAAACAAAGCCACCAUCCAAGAAAUAAAAAAGAAGAAAGCCGAGGAGGCGGCAAAAGAACACUCCCCUCCGGCUUCUCUCCUCUCUUCUCCACUCUCCCCACCUCCAUGUCUUUCCCCCCUAAUUCUUUAAUCUCUCUUGCGGAACUGGAAAGACGACCAUGUGGGCCUCCACUUUUUCCCUCUCCAAAUCCUUCUCUUUGGGAGAAAGAAGGGCGAAGGAUUUGGGAAGUGGAGGAAGAAGGGAGGGUGGGGAGGGGAGGAGAUGGCGACGAAGGAGACGGAGUACUACGACGUGCUCGGCGUCAGCCCCUCCGCCACCGAGGAGGAGAUCCGCAAAGCGUAUUAUCUCAAGGCAAGGCAAGUCCAUCCUGAUAAAAAUCCAAAUGAUCCUCAAGCAGCUGAGAGAUUUCAGGAACUUGGAGAGGCUUAUCAGGUACUAAGCGACCCAGUGCAAAGAAGGGCUUAUGAUGGAUUCGGCAAAAAUAUCAUAUCUAGGGAAAACAUGUUAGAUGCCACUGCUGUCUUUACUCUACUUUUUGGAAGCGAACUAUUUGAGGAUUACAUAGGACACCUUGCUGUGGCAUCAAUGGCUUCCACUGAAUUAACUAGUGAAAAUGACAAUCCUUUGAAACUUCAAGACAGACUGAAGGCUAUACAGAGAGAAAGGGAAGAAAAACUUGCCAAGUUUUUGAGAGAUUUCCUUAACCUGUAUGUUCAUGGUGACAAAGAGGGAUUCUUUCAUCGUGCAGAAGCUGAAGCAAAGAGACUUUCUAACACAGCAUUUGGAGUAGAUAUUCUACACACCAUUGGCUAUGUCUAUGCAAGACAGGCUGCAAAAGAGCUGGGCAAGAAGGUCAUGUAUCUAGGGGUGCCAUUUUUGACUGAAUGGGUGCGAAACAAAGGCCAUUUUUGGAAGUCACAAAUUACAGCAGCAAAAGGUGCUUUGCAAUUGUUGCAGCUGCAAGAAGACAUCUGCCGCCAAAUCAACAAAGAUGGCAGUGGUACUGAGAAAGAUAUUGAGUUACAUAUCCGGAUGAACAAGGACUUGAUGAUGAACUCACUCUGGAAACUGAAUGUAGUAGAUAUUGAAGUAACGCUUUUACAUGUAUGCCAAAUGGUAUUGCAAGAAAGCAAUGUCAAGAAGGAGGAACUUAAGGCCCGGGCACUAGCUUUGAAAAUUCUAGGAAAAGUUUUUCAGAUUCUAUAUUCAUGUUUACAGGGAGAAAGGCAUGCAUUGCCUUCCGGUACAUCGAAACAGAAAAACAUUCCAGAUGAUGGCGAUGUCAGUUCCGAUGCUAGUUCUGUUGAGGAUCUACCACGGACGCUUUCAUAUCGGACUCCUUUACUUACUCAGGGUAUUGGCAGGCUCUUUAGAUGCCUUUGUAAUCCAGCAUAUGACGUGGAUGAUGAUUUUGAGCCCCAGAGCAAGUGACGAGUCAAUCUCAGUCACUUGCGAAUGGACUUCCUUUUAUGAUUGAAGCCUUUUCUUUCCCUGCAAACAUUUGUAUCGGACUUAAAGAGGCCAACCCAUCUGUGAUAUGUAUAUUUAAAGAAGGGUCUGCCAGACAAUCUCCAUUUGAGCGGUUGAUAAGAUGUCUGAAGCUAAUCAUCUCUAUUUGGCAUUUGUUGCAUGUUUUUCAUGCCAAUGAAAACAAUCACAAUUCGAUACCAAAUGUGAUGCUAUGAAGCCAGACAUGACACCAGCAGGAGUAACUCCAAAAAUUAUGAACACUUGUUGAAGAGCUUUGAUGUUUUCCUUUUCCUACCGGAGCAAGUCAGAAUUAUCAUCAGCGUGCUAUGACCCCGUGGUUGUAGCGUUCUCAUCUGAGAGGGGUAUCUUUUUCUCUCUCUCUCUGUCUCUUCUUUUUUUUUUUUACUUUUAUUCUCUCUCUUCUUCUUUUGAGAGGUUUCGUGAGAUUCCGAGAGAGGUAAUUCUGGGAAGUCGGUAACUCCUAUUCCUUUUUCUUAAAAAAAGGAAACCAAAUAACUAUCAACAGUUGCUUAAUGUUGCACUUUUAGGGGCCCUCCUGUUCCGCAAACACACAUCUCCCAGUUCGAUGGAACCACCUGUCCAACGACAUAAGCUCCCGCCUGCACCAGAUCAUUUUAGGCAUGCUAGGACAGCCAGCAGAAAACGGCAAGGUCUCAUAAAAAUUGUCUCCCGUGCAUCUUAUGUAGUAUGUACCACCAUUAUUAAAUCAGGGCCGGCUAAAGAAACACAAAAGUUGAGCGACUCGACCCUGCACCAAGGAUUAAAAUAAUUACAUCGAUGACAAUUUGGCUAUAACAAAUGAGAGGAGAAAUUCAUGAAACUGACA